UUCAUGCACCGUCCUUCAGAUCCAUGGUACUGUCGUACUGCGGCCAUAUUAACGCCCUAUCAGGCCGAUUUCUACCCUAAUACGGCUGAAUACGGUAAUACGGCUAUACGGCAUCGCUGGUCACUACUGGUCGCCAAAGGAGAGCUACUACGUCCGUUUUAGUUCUAAAAUCCUCGAUACCGUCAUGGCACCCGGCUUUAUGAUUUUUUGAAGAAACUCCAAACACGUUCGCGAUCAAAGUCGUUUCGAAAACUGUGAUUUAUCUCGUGCCCAAGCGUUCGCUCGUAUUUGGAACAUGAGUUCAGGCAGACCGAUUAAGUGUGUGGUGGUCGGAGACGGAACGGUGGGAAAAACAUGUAUGUUAAUAUCAUAUACGACAGAUAGUUUCCCAGGGGAAUAUGUCCCCACGGUAUUUGACAACUAUUCCGCGCCUAUGGUCGUGGACGGAAUACCUGUCAGUCUAGGACUUUGGGACACGGCAGGCCAAGAGGAUUAUGACAGGCUUCGUCCACUCUCGUAUCCACAGACCGACGUGUUUCUGAUCUGCUUCUCGGUCACCAGUCCCUCCUCCUUCGAGAACGUUACCAGUAAAUGGUACCCAGAGAUAAAGCAUCACUGCCCGGACGCUCCGAUGAUUCUCGUCGGGACUAAAAUAGAUCUGCGAGACGAUCGCGAAACGCUCACCGCUCUGGCCGAGCAGGGCCUGAGUGCCAUAAAACGUGAACAGGGACAGAAGUUGGCGAACAAGAUUCGCGCAGUGAAGUACAUGGAGUGCUCUGCGCUGACGCAACGCGGUCUGAAACAAGUGUUUGACGAAGCGGUCCGCGCCGUUCUGAGACCUGAACCUCAGAAACGCAGACAGAGAAGAUGCAUUAUGUUGUAAACCGUAAAUAAUCAAGAUCCGUUGUAGGUAAAACCAUAUAUAAAUUGACAGACUGAAAUGAAGUUUCUCACGAGCAAACGGAGCGAAACGAAACGAAACGAGGAAGAAGACGUUUCGCGGAGAAGGUAGUAAUCUUAUGCAUUUUAAUGAAUUCCUCUGGCAGCUAUAUAGUUCGUUAUGCUAUGAACAAAGUACAACUGAUCGUUUCUAACGCGCAAGUUGGAAAAUUACUAUGAAUCUAAGAAAAUUGAAGCAACGAGAAAGUACUGUUCCGUAAUUGUUAUUUUAACCAGUAUUCACUGCAUUUAAUCGAUUAGAAAAGGUUGCAAACCUCCGCAUACCCGAGGUGGUUGUUUCAAUUUUACAUUGAUUUCUAUACGUUGAUGUACUAGUCAAAGGUCGAUAUAUCGUAUUGCCUGCCAUUAUAUUUUUUAUUUUAUACUUUUAUAAAAUGACGCCUCUCAUUUUCCUUGAUACGGCAAUUUAAUCAGCGUCGGUGAAACAAUGAGAUCCCGUGACUCAGACGAGGGCUGCCAGAUUUCAAAAUUUUUAUACCAUAAAUAGUAAAGAGGAAGAAACAUUCUUUUAUUAUACACAUACGAUAGGUAUUACGAUCAAUAUACUAACAAUUUUUAUAAAAUGUAAAAUAGAGUUAUAGAAUUAUUUAAAGAGACAGUGCCAUAGCAACGAAGAAAGGAAUCAAAUCAAAUCGGUGAACGCGAACGUUUUUUGUCAGUUCUAGACAAUAUAUUCCAUGUAUUUUAUUACACGAGUCAUAGUAGAGAGACGAGAAGUAACGACGGAUAUUAAAAGGAAUUGAGAAACCUCGUAAUAAGAAGUAUUUUGUAUUUAUCUUAAAACUUUUGAUAAAUAUUGCGAUUUUAAUAUUUCUUUACACCCACUGACUAACGAUGAAAGGGGACUUACGUCAUGUAUAAAAUACUGCCAGCGCGAAUAUUCAUAAACGUUUGUAUGGCACACCACCUUAUUGUCUAGAAUUCGAACAUUUCUCUUAUGAUCACGACACAACGUACAUCGCACCAUAUUAUUUCGUACUUCGAAUGGAAUUUAUUACAAGAACGCUUCGAACGUGUUUCCGUUGUUGCACGUGGCAGAUUUCACGGAUUGUUGCACUGGUACAGUCUGUUUCCAACACCGAGGGGCUCGAAAUUAUUUUUCAUAAAAAAAAGAAAAGAAACACGCGAAUAGAGCGCGUCGCGGAAAGAAUAAUCAAAAUAUAUAUUGAAUUAUAUCUAAGAGAAUGAAAUAUAUACCAGUGACAGACACAUGGUGCAAAGUAUGCUUAUAAUACAGAGAACAUAGCACAAUUUAUUUUAAAGAGUGAUCAACCAUGACAGUUUUAAAUCUUCGAUUCACUAUUUUUAUAAAAUUCAUUUACAUCGAUAUUUACAUUGAAAAGGAAAAGAUAACACGUUUCGCGUUAACGAACACGUUGUACGAAACGGACACAUCUUUCUCUCUAUCUUUCCUCUUUUGUUUUUACGUGUGAAAAUUACUUACAUAUCUAAUAUAUGCUUACGUCUAAUUUAUUAUAUUGUGGACUUUUCCUCGUUAUAUUCUGUGACGUACUUCGUUUAAAUUAAUCUUUAAACGUUAAUCGGAUAGAUAUUAUUAUACGCUCUCCAUGAAGGAAUUCGGUAUGGAAAAUAGUAUGACGGUGGAUGACAAACAUUGCACCACCGUUCGCGAGCACAUGCUAUUUUUCAUAUCUCGAAGGAAGCUUGGAAUUUAGAACGGUAGGACAUGCGUGCCAUAUGCUUUCGAGUCUCGUUUCUGUUCGUACUCAAUGUGAAUCUCAAAAUGAAAGAUGCAUCAUCGUAUUUAGAAGGGUAGAAGAGAGAACUGGGCGGAUCAAGGACGAGGCAUAUUAAUGCUUGCUGAGUGUACAUACUGUAACAUAGUGGUAACGUGCUCUAAGUUUCGAUCGACGUACAUAAAUUGGCAGCGUCUCUGCUUCGCUCUACGUAGUCUAGAUCGGUCUUUAAAACGAUCCACCACCGUGCGAUUGAAGCGUAGGGCAUGUCGUAAAAUGUUUGCAGUAAGCUUUCUCACACUUCGUUGUACUUGCUACGCUGUUUAAGAACGGAAUUUCUUUCGCGUUUUAAUUAAGAAUGCAUUCGUAGUUCCUGAGUGAAACAAUUGUUUGUUCGAACGUUUCGGGCAUAUGAGCACAAUCGAACGCGUCGAGCCUAGGACGUUUUUUUAGAUCAUGUACAUACGUGCGUGCAUGAGCGAUACGUUUGACAUAGGAAAUGAAUCAGGUACGGACAUGUCUCACGCGGUGGGUUUGCAUUUAUUGUAAGUAGUGCAUUUAUUUUACGAUCUAUCAUCGAACCGUGUCGGGACAGAAAGAUCGUUUGCGAGUAAGGGGGAAAGGAAACAAAGCACAAUCUUUUAAAUAGUAUUUAUCGAUAUUUAAUUUUUAAGAUCAAUACUCUUUUGCAGUAUUACGAUGUAAAUAAAAAUUUUAUUCUAUUAAUCGAACAAAAAUUUACUGUCUAUACCUGAAAUCGUUCGCGUAUACUAUGUUUAAACCUACGUUUCACUGUAAUUAAAUGACUAGCUUUAUUUUAAGCGCGUCGAAUUCGCGACAGCUAAUAAUGAAAUGUAAAGCGUGUUCUCUUAACGUUUACAUACGACGUUUCUCUUUUUACACAGUAAUAGAGUUCGUACGAUCGAUAGUUGCGGGUUGGUAAGAUGAAUCACACUACUUACAACUUGUGCAUGUAACGAAAGGCUUUUAACAACGAUUGAGUCUCUCGAAUUAUUUAAAAGCGACAAACGAAGGAACGAUGCUGCAAGCCAAAGUUCAAUGUUACUUUUAAUCUACUGCUCGUAAUGUUUUAUUAAGCGUACAAGACAGGAAUGUAUGACGUGUAAAGAAAAUGUAAUCUAGUCACCACGAUUUUCAUUUUAUUUGUAUGCGAAGCGUUUCAUGGAAAUGGUUUAUGUUUGAACGACACCGGAACGAAUAAGCAUUAUUGAUUGGAAACGAAAUGUAACGAAAGAAUCUGAACGAGAAGAUGAAUGAUUGAAAGUAAUCGAAUCUAAAUUCCUUAGGAUAUCGUCAAUUCGAGUGAAACAGGAGAAACUGAGCGAGAAUAGGAAACGCGUUAGAGAUACAAAUGUAUGUACAUGUACCGAGCAAAUUUAAUUACCGCGGUAACUUAUGAACAUCACGUUUUAUCUAUUUUCUUAAGGUUUCUGUAAGAUCACUAAUUCCUGUACGAAAUAAAGUAUUCUACAGCACAAGAGAGCAUUAUGUCGAUACAGAAUAAUUCAUACUCGUUCGUAAGAAUAGAAUAAUGUUUAUUGUAUUUUCAUGAAUGAACUCUUUUGCUGUUUAUACAGAAGUGGCUGGACACGAAGAUGAACAAAUACUUCAGAUAUAUCGUUUCAACUAUUUUCUUAUGGAAAGUUCGAAUCCCAAUGUUGAGAAUCGUAUUAUCAAAAUGUAUUGAACCAAAUGAUACAUGAAUGCACGUUCUACGUACUAUUGGAAGGCAAUUAUAUUUUUAUUUGUGUAUUUUAAAAAGAAUAUCUCACAAUAAAGUACACAAUGAAACAUUCGUA